AUGACUUCUACCUCUAUCAAAACAGUCGGUGUGAUCGGCACAGGCGUUAUUGGUGCGAGUUGGACAGCACUAUUUCUCGCAAAAGGUCUGCGAGUUAUCGUGACUGACCCAGCACCAGGAGCUGAAUCCAAACUCCAUGAAUACUUGAAGAAGAAUUGUUGGGCGAUACCGAACAAAAUUACGACACCAGACAAGUACUUGCAAAAUUUGACAUUUGUCGAAGAUAUCGAUCCUUACCUGGGAGAGCUUGAUCUGAUACAAGAAAACGGACCGGAGAGAUUGGACUUUAAGCGCCGCCUUUUCGCUCAUUUAGAUGCGAAAACACCUGAACAUGUGUUGAUUGCGUCUUCCUCAUCCGGUCUUCCAUCGUCAGAGUUUGUGACAGACUGCGAGAGAAGCCCAUCUCGGAUAUUGAUUGGGCAUCCUUUCAACCCACCACACUUAAUACCCUUGGUGGAGAUAGUCCCCCAUCCGAAGACAGGCGAUGAACAUGUAACCGCUGCUUGCGAGUUCUACCGCAGCCUGGGAAAAGACCCGAUUGUUGUCAAAAGAGAAACCUCUGGCUUCAUUGCAAAUCGUCUUCAAGCAGCUGUUUGCGCCGAGGCUUACAGCCUUAUCUCCAGAGGCAUCGUUUCUGCCGAGGAUCUUUACAAAACCAUGACAUCCGGUCUAGGACUGAGAUGGGCGUUCUCGGGUCCCAUAAUGACCAACUUGCUUGGUGGUGGUGGUGACUUUGGUCAUUUCAUGGAUCACCUGGGUCCGGCUAUGAAGUCCUGGUUAGACAACAUGCACCAACAUCAAUUCGACAUGGAUUCAACGACCGAGAAAGAGAAUCUCAAGGAAAAGGUAAACCAAUUGGUAUCCCAUGUCAAUAUAGAGAAAACCGAAAAGGAUCGGGACAUAUUCUUGACAGGGCUUAUUAGUGCCAGAUCAGAGAUUUAA